GCUUGGGACUUGAGAGCCGCCUGUCAGUUCGUGUGGGUGGGAGACUGCUUGGAAGGGCGACAUUACCGGGGAGGGAAGAGGAAGUGCACGGGGAUAGUCGCUCCUUCUCCCGGUGCUCUAAUCUGUGGUCCGUCCCUGGCACGGGUAGCUCUGCACUCUGGCGCACUAUGGUUCCAAAUUAACUGCCGCAGUGCAUCCCCCCAGCGUAUUCAUCUCACUCCCUUCCCUUCUUUGGGCUGUGAGAUACACUGAGUCCCUGAAGCGAACACGCGCGUCCUGAACAUGGAGAAGUCAAACGAUCGGGCCCAGUUGCCAAGAAAUAUGAUUGAAAAUAGUAUGUUUGAAGAAGAACCGGAUGUGGUUGACUUGGCCAAAGAGCCAACUAUGAAUUCUUUAGAGUCUGAGGAAAUGGAGUACGAACCAAGAAGCUCUAGAUUACUGGUUCGUGGACUGGGCGAACAUGAAUUGGAUGAAGAUGAAGAGGAUUAUGAAUCCUCUGCAAAACUGCUAGGCAUGUCAUUCAUGAACAGAAGCUCAGGUCUUCGCAAUAGUGCCACAAACUACAGGCAGGUUCGAGAUGGAUUGUGCCCAGUGUCUUCUCCAAGGACAGUUAUUGUGUGUGUAGUUGUUGUCAUCAUUGCAGUCUCUUUAGUUACUGUGGUUUAUCUUCUUCCAAAGUGUACCUUUACCAAAGAGGGAUGCCAUGAAAAAAAAGCAAUGGAACUAGUUUAUCCUAUUGCUAGAAAUGGAAAAGUUUUCCCAUGGGCAAUAAGUAGACUUCCAAAUUCCAUAAAACCGAUACAUUAUAUUCUUACCUUACAUCCAAACAUGACAACCAUGUCUUUUACUGGCACUGUUCAGAUAAAUCUGAAUAUCACUGCACGCUCCAAGAAUAUUGUGCUACAUAGCUCAGACCUUCGCAUCACAAAGGCAAAUGUUUUGGUACCUGGGGGAACAACUAUGGAUGCUGAGGUUCUGGAAUAUCCCAGGUUUGAGGAGAUUGCUAUUAUUUCACCUGAAUCAUUGCCGAAGGGCAAUUGCUUGCUAACAAUUGAAUAUACAUCUAACUUUUCAAGCAGCUAUUAUGGAUUUUACAAAAUUGAUUACAUGGAUAAAGGCAGCAAAAGAUCACUUGCAGCCACUCAGUUUGAACCAACUGCAGCAAGAAAAGCAUUUCCAUGCUUUGAUGAACCUGCUUUCAAAUCCACAUUCCAGAUUAACAUCAUAAGAAAGGAUGAAAGUAUGAUUUCUCUUUCAAACAUGCCAAAGGCAAAAACAAGCACAACCAGUGAUGGGCUGCUUCUAGAUGAGUUUUCAACCAGUGUCAAAAUGAGCACUUAUCUAGUUGCUUUUAUAGUAGGCGAUAUAAAGAAUACUACUCGAGAAACAAAUGAUACUCUGGUUUCAGUAUAUACUGUACCAGAGAAAACGGAUCAAGUCAAGUAUGCUUUGGAUUCUGCAGUAAAGCUUUUGGAUUUUUAUUCAAAUUAUUAUGGAAUUAAAUACCCACUUGAAAAAUUAGAUCUGGUGGCUAUUCCUGACUUUCAAGCAGCGGCAAUGGAAAACUGGGGGCUGAUCACAUUUCGGGAGACUUCACUUCUAUACAAUGAAGAUUCCUCUUCUAUUAAGGAUAAGCAAACCAUAACCAUAGCAAUUGCUCAUGAACUGACUCAUCAGUGGUUUGGAAAUCUAGUAACCAUGGAAUGGUGGAAUGACUUGUGGCUAAAUGAAGGUUUUGCAACAUAUAUGGAAUAUUUCUCUGUCAGCUCUCUCUUCCCAGAACUGAAUUCAGAAAAUAGCUUCUUGAAAAUGCGCUUCAUGGCCCUAAAAAAGGACUCCUUGAACGCUUCCCAUCCGAUAUCUACAGAUAUUCGAUCUCCAGAGCAGAUUGAGGAAAUGUUUAAUGAUUUGUCUUAUAUUAAGGGCGCAUCCAUUUUAUUAAUGCUUAAAACGUUCCUGUCAGAGGAUAUGUUCCAUCUCAGCAUCAGAAGCUAUUUGCAAAGCCAUCAGUAUGGAUCUACGACCAGUGAUAGUUUAUGGGACAGCUUGAAUGUGGUCACCAAGGAAAAUCCAAAUGUGAAAAACAUGAUGAAGACAUGGACUCAGAAGGCUGGUUAUCCGCUAGUGACAGCUCUGAGGAAAGGCGAAGAGAUCACUGUCCGGCAGGAACGGUUUCUUCGUUCUACGAAACCAGACCAUGCAACAAAUGCCAGUACUGUAUGGCAUAUUCCACUGACUUAUGUAACCAAAAAGUGUAAUGGUGUGGAUCCUGACUGUGACAAAGUCUAUCUACUGAAAGCGCCUACAGGCACAAUAAAUGUGUCAAGUGAGUUUCCAUGGGUGAAGUUCAAUGUCAACAUGACUGGUUACUAUAUAGUUGACUAUGGUGCUGACGGCUGGGAUGCCCUUAUUGAGCAACUUCACAGGGAUCACACAGUUCUGCAUUCCAGUGACCGAGCCAAUCUCAUCCAUGACAUAUUCAUGCUUGCAGGUGUAGGGAAGGUCCCUCUGGCAAAGGCUUUUAAACUGCUUGGGUACCUUGUGAAUGAAACAGACAGUGCCCCCAUCAUUCAAGCCUUGCACCAGUUUUACCAUAUUCGCGGUAUCUUGUUAAAGCGUGGUUUGGAUGACCUGUCCGACAAACUAAUGGAGCGUGGUUUAGAUCUACUCAAUAAUACUCUCAUCAAACAAACAUGGAAAGAUGAAGGAACACUUGCUGAACGAGAGUUGAGAACUUCUCUCCUGGAUUUUGCCUGUUCAAAUGGCGUUCUAAACUGUUUAGAUAGAGCAACAGAGCUAUUUAAUAGUUGGCGUUUUAAUGAAACAAGAAUUCCCUCAGACGUUAUAAAUAUUGUGUUUAAGGUUGGUGCAAAAACUACAGAAGGCUGGACCUUUCUCCGGCGUAGAUACGAUUCUUCAAUCUAUGAAUCAGAAAAGAGUAAAAUCCUCGAAGCUCUUGCAAGUACAGAUAAUGCUAAAGAUUUACAGGGGUUGAUGCAGGAGAGUCUCGCUGGGGGCUCUAUAAGAUCUCAGGAGCUGCCUAAUGUUAUUUCAUUCAUCUGUCGAAGAUCACCUGGAUAUUUGCUGGCCUGGAACUUUGUCAAGCAGAACUGGAAUUUGAUAACACAGAAGUUACUGCAUUUUAAUUCAACCAAGGAGAAGAGCAGAGAAGUGUGGUAUGUCAAAGAGGCCUUGGAGACAAUCAAGCUGAACAUCGAAUGGAUGAAAAAUAACCUUGAUAGCCUUAAGACCUGGUUGUUGCCCUCCCACUAGAAUGUAGAUGUUCCAGAGAACUACUUAUGAACAGUUGCUCUGUUGCUUUUUCAGAAGCAAGGGUGAAAACUGCAACAUUGUUUGCACUAUUUUAAUGUUCUUGACAGCUCAGGGUGAAAAACAAAAAAAUCCUUUUUUUUUUUUUUUGCGUGUGAAUGCUGAGAUGGAGAGAGAAUGUAUUUAUUACAAAGUGUGGUAACCACCACAUUGUUGCCAUAAAGCUCUACAGAGUGUCAACAUCUUUCACUGUAUUACACUUUGUUUAAAGGGGAGCUUCGCAAAAACAUAACUUGAGCUUUUUGAAAAGUAAACAUAAUUUCAAGCAACUUUGCAAUAUACAUCAUUUAAAAAAAUAUGCAGACUUUUCAUGAUUUUUAAUGGUUUCUGACAGUUCCCUAAGCCUAGUCCCCUGCUGAUCUCUCUGACUACUUUGCUGGGCUGGCUGACUACUGUUACUUUGUCAACAGCCAGCCGUCCUUAGCCUGUAUCCUCCAAACCCCACAAUUCCCUGCACACAUGAUUUCAAUAAGGAAAGGAACAUCACAGUGCAAUGCAUUGUGGGUUAUGUAGUUCCUGCAUGCUGUCUGUCAGCUGUGGAGAAGUUGUUACAAUUUGUAACAUCAGUGUUUAGUUCAUCCUUCCCUGCCAGGAUUUCAAAUGAUGCAGAAAGAGAACUGUUAACCAGCUGGAUUUCAGCAUAGAAAAUGGCAUUUAUUCAUACUUUUUGAAGGAACAGGUAACUGUGAUGUGUAUAUUAGGAGUUUCUGUGUUAUGUGGGCCUCUUUAUCACAUUUUGGGUUGGAAGCCGGAGUUCCCCUUUAAGAAAAACACUGUUUUCCAGUUGCUUGUUAAACUUUGAACUAUACAGUGCUCACGCUAGCAGUUUACUAAGUGCUAUCCAUUGGAAAAAUGAAUGCCACUCACUGACUGUAAAUAGGCAUUGUAAGCACCCCUCUUAUAUCUGAAACGUGAACAUCUUUAAUGAAGAGGCCUGUGGACUAUCAAUUUAAUUAUGUUUAAGGCUGCAUCUGUCUGACACCAGUUUCACUGUCCAUUACUGGGAUUUUUCAAACUGAAAAGUCCAGCACCAAGUGCAAAGGAGCUUGUAGAAGAGGAUUUCAUCCAAGCUAAGUUUACUUCCCUUGAAUAUACUCUGCUUAGAUCUACUUUUGCUUUAGUAACUGAUGUUACCGUCUCAUCUGUUUAGAGAAACAGGUAUAGGGAUACUGUUACUUUCUCCCUUACUGUGGCAGCUUACAAUAAGUGUUGUUGGGGGCACACCUAUGAUUGAUUGUUCUGUGUGGUUUUUAAAGAAUAUCUGGGGUUAAAAAGUACAAUGCAAUUUUAGAGCUUUGGUUAGGUUUUUAAGAUACUGAUAAGAUUUUGGUCUAAUACAACAACUGCUUGAAAUGUCUUGAAAAGAUGCAAAUAUGGGUGUAUGCUUUUGAUGCAAACUCACGUCUGUGCUUACACAAAAUCUAUUGUAUAAAUUAUACAAUUAUAAUAUAAACUUCUUUUUGUAUUAUGUU